UAGUAGAUCUUUCAACAUGGCUUCUUUACUUUCUAAAGUUUUUAUCAACUAACCUUCGUGUCCUAUUUAUUAAAUAUAAAUGUAUUAUUUAAUUAAUUAAUAAUAACUUAAAAGAAAAAAUAGUGAAUUUAUCAUUUCUAUUAAAAAUGGGGAAAACAUCGAAAGACAAACGUGAUAUUUAUUAUAGACGAGCAAAAGAAGAAGGUUGGAGAGCACGCAGUGCAUUCAAAUUAUUACAAAUCGAUAAUGAAUGUAAUAUUUUUGAUGGUGUAAAUAAGGCUGUUGAUUUAUGUGCAGCACCUGGUAGUUGGAGUCAAGUUUUGUCACGAAAAUUAAACGAAAAUUACAAAAAGGCAUUGGAAAAGGGUGAAGCUACGCCUCCCAAAAUUGUUGCUGUUGAUUUGCAAGCAAUGGCACCGUUGGAAGGUGUCAUUCAAAUUCAAGGAGAUAUUACAAAUACUGCUACUGCUCAGCACAUAAUUGCUUAUUUUGAUAAUAUGCAAGCUGAUUUAGUUGUAUGCGAUGGAGCUCCUGAUGUCACUGGAUUGCAUGAUAUGGAUAUUUACAUUCAAUCUCAACUUCUACUAGCAGCUUUAAAUAUUACUACUCAUAUAUUAAGACCCGGAGGAACAUUCGUAGCAAAGAUUUUUAGAGCUAAAGAUGUCUCCUUAUUAUAUGCGCAAUUAAAAAUAUUUUUUCCUUACGUCUACUGUGCCAAACCAAGUAGCUCUAGAAAUUCCAGCAUAGAAGCUUUCGUAGUAUGUAAAGAUUAUUCACCGCCUGAAGGAUACGAACCUCACAUGUUGAAUCCUCUUCUCACUCAUGAGCCAUGUAACUUUGAAAAGUUGACAGGAGUUAACAGACUCAUUGUACCAUUUGUCGUAUGUGGAGACUUAAAUCAACCUGAUUCUGAUACCUGCUAUCCGCUUAAUUUCGAAGGAAAAGAAUAUAAAUAUCAUGAGCCAGUGCAAAGCCCAAUUGCCCCCCCAUACGAAGAGGCGCUUUCUUUAAUUGAAAAUAGAAAUACUGAUUUUAGAAAAGCAGAUGUUAGUGUUAUUAUCGAUAGCAAUCGUUCAAUGUCUUUAUCUGAAUUCAAGGAACAAGCAAGGCAAAAACAAAAAUGUAUAAAUGAAAAAUUAAAAGAAGAAGAAAAUAUGGAUAAAAAUCGGGAAGAGGAGGAAGUGAUUAAUACACUUUCUCUGAAGUCAUUACUUCAAUUAAAUAUAUCCAGUGAAAAUAAUAGCAGUUAAGGAAGUAAAUAAAUUAUUUUAAUCUAAAAGAAAAAUAUAUUGUAAUCAAAUUAAUUUGUAUAUUUAACAAAUAAAUGUUUCUAUUUAUUCUA